GCUUAGGGUUUUUUUUUUUUUUUCCCCCUUUUUUUUUUAUUUCUCUCCUUUUUUUGGUUUUCGUUCCUGCCCCAAUUCCAAUCGCUCGCAAUCCCUAUCUCUCUCCCUGUCUCCAAUCGAUCGCAAACCUAGGGUUUCUCUGAUCCCCCCAACAAGAUGGCAACGGCUUCAGCUUCUUUUAAGUCUAGAGAGGACCAUCGAAAGCAACUUGAAUUGGAGGAAGCACGCAAAGCUGGUCUUGCCCCUGCUGAGGUCGACGAGGAUGGAAAGGAAAUUAAUCCACAUAUUCCUCAGUACAUGUCAUCUGCACCUUGGUACCUUAAUGCCGAGAAACCGAGCUUGAAGCAUCAAAGAAAAUGGAAAUCUGAUCCAAAUUACUCAAAAUCGUGGUAUGAUCGAGGUGCAAAGAUCUACCAGGCUGAUAAAUAUAGAAAAGGUGCUUGUGAAAACUGUGGAGCAAUGACUCAUGACAAGAAAUCAUGCAUGGACCGACCCCGUAGAGCAGGUGCAAAGUGGACAAACAUGCAUAUUGCCCCUGAUGAGAAAGUGGAGACAUUUGAACUCGAUUACGAUGGCAAACGAGACCGUUGGAAUGGGUUUGAUCCAUCCACUUACUCUCGUGUGAUCGAGCAGUAUGAAGCUAGGGAAGAAGCUAGGAGAAAGUACUUGAAAGAACAGCAGCUGAAAAAGCUGGAAGAGAAGAACAAUAACCAGGAAGUUGAUAGUGCAGUCAGCGAUGAAGAAGAUGACGAGGAUGAAUUCAAGGUGGAUGAGGCUAGGGUUGAUGAGAGCAAACAAAUGGACUUUGCAAAGGUGGAGAAGCGUGUUCGUACUACUGGUGGUGGAAGCACUGGAACUGUUAGGAAUUUGCGUAUUAGAGAAGAUACUGCAAAAUAUCUACUGAACCUUGACGUAAAUUCUGCCUAUUAUGAUCCAAAAACCCGUUCCAUGCGUGAGGAUCCUCUGCCUGAUGCGGAUCCAAAUGAGAAGUUUUAUGAAGGUGAUAACCAAUACCGGGUUAGUGGACAAGCGUUGGAGUUCAAGCAGCUCAAUAUCCAUGCUUGGGAAGCUUUUGAUAAAGGGCAGGAUAUCCACAUGCAAGCUGCCCCGUCUCAAGCAGAAUUACUGUAUAAGAAUUAUAAGGUUAUCAAAGAGAAGUUGAAGUCCAAGACGAAGGAUACCAUUAUGGAGAAGUACGGAAAUGCGGCUUCUGAAGAAGCUCUUCCUCGGGAGCUCCUUCUGGGGCAGAGUGAGAAAGAGAUUGAAUAUGAUCGUGCUGGACGAAUAAUUAAGGGACAGGAGACAUCUCUUCCAAAAAGUAAAUACGAGGAAGAUGUCUACAUUAAUAACCACACCAGUGUGUGGGGUUCGUGGUGGAAAGAUCACCAGUGGGGCUACAAAUGCUGUAGACAGACUAUAAAGAAUAGCUACUGCACGGGCUCAGCAGGAAUUGAGGCUGCUGAAGCGGCCACAGAUUUAAUGAAGGCGAACAUGGCUCGCAAGGAGGCCGCAGAAGACAAACCCGCGCAGAACGAGGAGAAGAGGCUCGCUACAUGGGGAACCGACAUCCCCGACGACUUGGUCUUGGACAAGAAGCUUCUCACAGAAGCUCUGAAGAAAGAGGACGAAAGGAGGAAGGAAGAGAAAGACGAAAGAAAGCGGAAAUAUAACGUUAAAUGGAACGAUGAGGUUACCGCCGAAGAUAUGGAGGCGUACCGCAUGAAGAGGGUCCACCACGACGAUCCGAUGAAGGAUUUCCUCAACUGAUUCCCCUGCGAUCGUUCUUUCCUAUAUAUAUAUAUAAUCAGAGUCUCAGAAUACUCGUGGCUUUCCGCAUGUGCGCCUACCGGGUAAUUGUUUGUUGUGUAUUUUAGAAACGUCGCAGUGCAGUGAUAGUAAUGCUUCUCUCUGCGUCUAUAUGGAAUGGCGAGUAUUCUGCCGCUCAUGCUGCUUUAAGAUUCGAACACCGUACGUGAUAGGGACGGCGUUUUACUCCGAUUUUGUCUUUAGCAAAGACAUUAGAGGAUUGUUACGACCAAAAGAAUAUUUUGCUUGUUCAAAUUCGCGCGAAAAAAGUUUUGGAGUUGUAUGCAAAAUGUCCUACUAAUAAAAAGACAAAUAUAAACACUGCUAGCGAGAAGAAUUUUCCCAA